UCUCUAAUGGAAAAGGUUGAUAUCUGAAGAGAAUCGAGUUCCUCGUGUAUCUCCUCUUGAUAAUAAACAAAGGGUCAGAUUUAUGGAAAAAGUCACUCAUCUCUAAAAACCAAUUACAGCUUUGUUAUGAGAGCUGUUUAUUUUGAACUGCUCCACGAGCAGUGGAAGUGACAACAGUAUCUGCCAACACUUUGCUCUUUGUUGGGGCAGCGGGCCAUCAGCACAGAGGGGUCUGUCAGCUCAUAAUGUUUAUCAGGUCCUGACUGAUGAAAUAAACAAAAAACUAAAUUUAAUAUAUCAUGUUUCAAUCUGAACUCAGUUGAAUAAACAAUGAUCCGGAAAAGAUUAAUGCCCUUCCACACUGGUAACAGUAAAGAGGUGUGUGUGUGUCAUGGAAUAUAUGAGCAGAGGGGCUGAGGGGGGAAGCCACAUCAGGGAUCUAGACCUAAGUCGCCCCAACUGUCCCACACCAGACAAAAGGUUUUAUUUUUGUCUUCCAGGGGGGAUUGACAUAACCAACAUGCCUGAGAAAGUAGCAGAGAAGAAAUCAAAAAUAUCAGCCUCUCGCAAACUGAUGCUCAAGAGUCUCAUGGUUGCCAAGGCAACAGAGAACUUGGAGUUGGAGAUGAUGGAGAAGGAGAAGGAGAAAGUCAAAUACCUGGAGGAGAAGACUCCACCAUUACAGACCAGCAGCAUGUCCAUCACAGAGCUGAGGACACUAUGUGAAGAGCUGCACGCUAAAACUGAAAUUGUGGAUGAGGAACGGUACGAUAUCGAAGCAAAGGUCCUGCACAACACAAGAGAGAUUAAAGACCUGAAAUUUAAAGUUCUGGACCUGCGAGGCAGGUUUAAGAGACCCAACCUCCGGAGAGUGAGAUUUUCUGCCGACGCCAUCCUUCGAUCACUGCUGGGAUCCAAACAUAAGGUUUCCCUGGAUCUGAGGGCAAACCUCAAAUCAGUGAAGAAGGAGGACACGGAGAAGGAGAAGACUGUGGAAGUGAGCGACUGGAGAAAGAACGUAGAGGCCAUGUCAGGGAUGGAGGGUCGCAAGAAGAUGUUUGAUGCAGCAAACAACCAAUAACUGUGACGUUCAUACUCUGAUAUGAACCAGUCGCCAUAAAAGUCUGACUCUGGCAUUUUCACACAAACAUAAACUUUUUAUUCAGCCAUGUGAAAUCAAGUGUUUUAAAUUCAAAAUAACAUUAAAAGUCGGAUCAAUGCUUUUAGCAUCUUUGCAUCAGAUUUCGUACUGCUUUAUAUUCUGAUGAUUGUCCUUAUAAAACAACACUACUUUAUGUCUUAUGUCACUGUUGUUAAAAUAAAAGCAUGUAUUUGGA